AUGCAGGCAGCAGAACCUGUGCCGGCCCCUGCAGCCACCCCCACAGCAAUGAAAGUGUCGGAGAGCGAAGGCAGGCUGGACAUCUUGCUGCCUGCCCAGAACUGCACCAGCAAGAGUAGCAGCAGCAGUGGGAUCAGCAGUUGCCGAGGAGGAAGUGCUGCCAAAAGCUGGCAGUACAGUGAUCACAUGGAAAAUAUUUCCGGUUAUUUAAUGAAAUACACGAACCUUGUCACUGGCUGGCAGUACCGAUAUUUUGUCUUAAACAAUGAAGCUGGCCUCCUGGAAUAUUUUGUGAAUGAACAGUCCCGAAACCAGAAGCCUAGAGGGACCUUACAGCUGGCUGGAGCUGUGAUAUCGCCUAGUGAUGAAGACUCUCAUACUUUCACAGUGAAUGCUGCUAGUGGAGAGCAAUACAAGCUGAGAGCUGCUGAUGCUAAAGAACGGCAGCAUUGGGUGAGCAGACUUCAGAUAUGUACACAGCACCACACUGAAGCAAUUGGAAAGAACAAUCCUCCUCUGAAAUCUCGCAGCUUCUCUCUUGCAUCUCAAGGAAGUGGUUCUCCGGGAGUGCAGAGAAGGCCCAGCCAGAACGCAGCUUCCUUUUUUAAUGUUGGUCAUCACAAGUUGCCAGGCGGGAAGAAAAUUCCUAUUCUGCAGCCAGAUCAUUUAGCUGAAGUAAGAGAGAUGAUGUCUCGAGCUGAAGGACAACAGAGAGACUUGAUAAGAAGCAUAGAAGGCCUUCCUUCCUCUGGUCACCUUUCUUCCUUAGACCAAGACCUGCUCAUGCUCAAAGCAACUUCUAUGGCAACAAUGAAUUGCUUAAACGAUUGCUUCCACAUUCUCCAGAUACAGCAUGCAUCGCAGCAGAAGGGAUCCUUACCUAGUGGGACAACAAUCAGCUGGUUGGAACCAAAGAUAUCCCUGCCAAACCACUUCAAAAAUGGAGCAGAUGAAAAUUUCACAACAGAGCAAAACAAGCCAUCAUCUGUCAGAGAGGAGCAGUCCAUUUCAGGUUCCAGCGAUCUCAGCAUGGAGCCGGAGGAAAUAAACCCAGACGACGAAGUGGAAGAUACCUGUGAUAAUAAAGAGGAUGACCUUGGUGCUGUGGAAGAGCAGCGCAGUGUUAUUUUGCAUCUCCUGUCUCAGCUCAAGCUGGGCAUGGAUUUAACAAGAGUGGUUCUUCCUACUUUUAUUUUAGAGAAACGCUCGUUGCUGGAGAUGUAUGCAGACUUCAUGUCCCAUCCGGACCUCUUCCUUGCAAUUGCAAGUGGCUCUAGCCCCGAGGAGAGGAUGAUCCGCUUUGUUGAGUAUUACCUCACUUCCUUUCAUGAAGGUCGGAAAGGGGCGAUUGCGAAAAAGCCCUACAAUCCAAUCAUUGGGGAGACGUUUCACUGCUCAUGGAAAAUGGCCAAGAGCCAAGUACCAUCUGACACAAACAGUAACUCUUCAUCUCAUUCCCUGUCUGAGGAAGUGACUGUCUCAGAAGAGUCACAGGACCAAGCAGAGUCGGACUGUUACACAGUCAAAUUUGUAGCAGAACAAGUGUCCCACCAUCCUCCAGUCUCAGGGUUUUAUGCUGAAUGUGCAGAGAGAAAAAUGUGUGUUAAUGCUCAUGUCUGGACAAAAAGUAAAUUCCUGGGAAUGUCAAUAGGAGUGACGAUGGUUGGUGAAGGUAUUCUAAGUCUCUUGGAACAUGGAGAGGAAUACACAUUUUCUCUGCCUUGUGCAUAUGCUCGGUCAAUUCUAACCGUUCCAUGGGUAGAACUAGGAGGAAAAGUCAAUAUUAAUUGUGCAAAAACAGGAUACUCUGCAAGUAUUACUUUCCAUACCAAACCAUUCUAUGGUGGCAAGCUUCAUCGAGUUACUGGUGAGGUGAAGCAGAAUUCUACCAACACUGUGGUCUGUAGAGUGCAAGGAGAGUGGAAUAGUGUCCUUGAAUUUACUUACAGCAAUGGCGACACAAAAUGCAUGGAUUUGGCAAAGCUGUCUGUGACAAGAAAACGAGUACGGCCCCUUGAGAAACAAGGUCCAUUUGAGUCCCGAAAACUGUGGAAACAUGUGACAGAGUCCCUGAGGGAAGGGGACAUCGAUAAGGCAACAGAACAUAAGAAGGCAUUGGAGGAACGGCAGAGGAAUGAAGAGAGACUACGAGCUGAGACAGGCACACCAUGGCAUACCAAGCACUUUCACAAAGAGGGAGAGGGCUGGGUUUAUUAUAACCCUCUUUGGGAAAGAGUGCCUGCCGUACAAGAUCAACCCGUGGAAACAGAUUAGAAGGCAUUUCUUCAAAAUGAUUCUUCUCUCUUGUCUAAUCCCUACAACUUCUGAAAUGCUGUAUUUCCCUAAGAGUCCUUUGGGAUUCUUAUACCAUUGCACAAAAUUAAAUAAGCAUAAAAGGGAUAAAACUGCUAGGGCACUUUAAAGCUGCAGAAAAU